AUGCGGAGUGUUUUGAGGAAACACCAUUCAGUGUCAUUGAUUUACGAUGAAACCGGACCGGUACUUGUGUCACAUCCGACGAAAUUCAGUCGCGGCAACAACCAACAGCAACCACAACAGCAGUCAGAAGGUUGCAACGAAACAUACGACAGUGCAGUAAUUCAACUACUUCAUCUUCAUGAUCUUUAUACGAAAGAAGGAAUCCGUACUGUAUCGCUGUAUCCGAAAGUUAAGGAUGAUGAUGGUAAGAUCAGUAAACGGAUUGAUAUUUCAGCGCUUUACUGUGACCCGUUCAUAUUUCGCAAUCGACUGUAUUUAUUCAAUCGCUUUGGUGAUAAUUUGUUGUGUGUAUCAAUUGCUGGAAGUGAUCGUUCUGAAGUUCGCAUUCUGAACACAUAUCCGGAUGUGAAAGGCGAACGACCAAGCAGUAGAUAUGCUAAUAGAUGCCAUAUUUUGCUCAAUGAGACUUUGCUCGUUUAUUAUCACCAACGCCUGGAUAAACCUGAUGCUCAACCACAACUGUGGAAACUUGAAUUAGGCCCAUUGCACUGGAAUCGUCUUCAGUUACUGCUGAGUCACCACUUCCCAAUUGGUCGUGUCUCGCUCCGGCAAUGUUCUUCUGGAGCAUUUGCCUUCUUGCACGGUGAAUGUGGAAGGAGUAUUUGUCAAGAGAAAGCACAUCUCUAUCAGUUCAGUCUGAUUCAGCAGUCUCUUAUGGUAUCAUUAUUCGUUCUAAUCAAUUACUUAGUUGGUUUAUAG